AUGUAAUAACCUAUAGAAGAAAUAGAUUAAUUUAUUCUUGGCUUCAAUAAUCAAACAAGCAACUCUUUUAUUUAAUCAAAUAUUAAUUAAGAAAAACUACUAGUAUAAAAUACAAGACUUUUACAAUAAUUGAAUGAAUAAUAAAGGAUGCUUAAUUUACAUAGUCUAUUAACUCAGAACAUACUUUAAAAUCCAUAUCCUAAUCAAUAAACCACACACAAAAACAAAAUGAUUAAGAAAGCCAAAUCUAAUUUGCAAAAUAUUCAAUCUAAUGCCUGUUUACUAGAUUAACCACUUUAAAUUUAAGAAAUUAAAGGGAAUGUUAAAAAUGCCUAUAUAAAGAAAAUCACAUCUUUGUUGAGUGUAGAAGGAGACAAAUUGCUAGAUAAGGAUUUACAAGAGAACUUAGAAGAGGNGCAAGUAGUAAAUUUAGAAUAAAUUUUGGAAAAGUAAAUCAUAAUUUUAUACUUUAAUAAACUAAAAUAACAAAAAUAACUAAAUAAGUCUUAUAGAACAUAUUCCUAAAUUUAUUUGAAUUAAUAUUUACCAAACGCAAAGCAACUUAUUAAAUAUUUGACAAAAAAAUGA